AUGACGAGUGCGUGGGAUCGCAAAACAAUCGGCAUAUAUGCUGGGGCUAUAUGUCUUCGACUUUUGGUGGUUUUUGCCUUCCCAGAUCUACCCAAUUUCCUGAGCACACAGGUCGAAAUAUCAACACCCGUAUCCAGCUUCAAAAGGCUUCAGGAAGGACUGUUCCUCUACCAACAUGGCCUCUCGCCGUAUGACGGCGGGGUCUAUCACCAGGCACCAUUGUUACUGGUGAUAUUCGAAAUACUACCUUCGACGCUUGUAUUUGUAUCUCUGGAUGUACUCAACGCGGUGGCUCUACAGACCAUAGCCGACAACUUACGCAUUCCGACUCCUCGAUUCAAGGACUUGGAUGGGAGUCUAAUUGCUGCGGCGUACUUAUUCAACCCGUUCACGAUCCUCUCAUGCCUGGGCAAGUCUACAAGCAUAUUUACAAGUGCGGCCAUCAUUCAAGCGAUACUGAAUGCUCAGUCUGGAAAUGCUCUGCGAGCAAUGUUCGGACUAGCCAUCGGCUCGUAUCUAUCCAUGUACCCGGCUUUGUUGUUACCACCGACGCUUCUUAUGAUUCAUCAAAGUGCAGGGAAAUCUGCACCGUUGUCGGUCUCGGUCGCCGCGUUUGUAGGAGCAUUCGCAGCUCUACUUGGCACGACGCUGGUCUUGACCGACAGCUUCGAAGACUUCCUCGCAUCCUGUUACGGAGCACAAAUAACAGUCCCAGAUUUAACGCCAAACGUGGGGUUAUGGUGGUACUUCUUCAUCGAAAUCUUCGACUCUUUCAGAGACUUCUUCAUUGGAGUUUUCUGGCUGCACCUGGUCGGUUAUGUUGGAGGGAUGACACUUCGGCUUCAAAAUCAACCGUUGUUCGUCAUCACGAGCUUGUUGGGCUUGAUCGCUAUCUUCAAGCCGUAUCCAAGUAUCGCUGAUGUCUCGUUGUAUCUUGGAUUUCUGCCCAUGUAUUCACAUGUACUCCCGCUGACGAGGUACACUUUCAUCGCAGCUUCGGUGUUGCUCUACUCGACGCUCCUUGGCCCAGCAUUCUACCACUUGUGGAUCUAUGCAGGUUCUGGUAACGCGAAUUUCUUCUAUGCCAUUACGUUGGUGUGGAGCCUCGGGUUGUGCAUCCUUGUCGGCGACACACUGUUCGCAGUGAUGCGGGAGGAAUGGGAGCUGGAGAGACCUGAGAUGACAGGCAAAGCUGUCCGACAGAUAUAG